ACGUCGCCGACUUCGUAGCGGAACGGACGGCAAAUGGUUGAAGAAACCCAAAAUUUGAACCCCAAAGAUCGAUACGUCUACCUCCGACGGCGAUCCGUUCGCCGGAUUCCGCCUUUCGAGUAGCCGGAUUUGAGUCUAGGAAGGAAUUCCCGACCAAUAUAGAGAUAUCCCCCUGCCCAAAUUCGCCGCCUCCAGUUCGCUUCCCCAUUUCUUCUGGUUUUGGUUUCAUGGAUCGGACUGACCUAGGGCAUCAAUAUCACGGCCCUAUGCGCUUCGUAGAUGGAAAGUCUGAUGCUCGAUUCGAUUCCCCUGUCUCGCCUUUCCCCUCUGUCGACCUUCCUCCGGCUCUGGCUCGUGCGAAGCAGUCGGCGGCUAUUGGGCUCUCGAGACCCCGGCUGGCGAAGGCAAGGAAGCAACUUUCCUCGUCGCGAGCGAGGCCGGCUGUGGUUGCAGAUACGAAGGAUGGAUCGGGGUUCAGUACAUCCCGCUAUACUGCGGCGGGGACAGCAUCAGGUGCUCCUGAGAGUGAUGGAGCCCAGGGGUUUCGUGAGAGGUUCGUGGGAUGGAAUCCGUUUGAGAGUUCAAAGUUGGAUAAUCUUGAGCAUUCCAAGCAUGGGAAGGAUGCUGGUGCUUUUGUUUUUCAGAGUGGCAUGGAAGCAAGCUCCAGUAUCAGUCAAAGUAUAGGAGAAGAUCUUUCGAAGCAAGGGCGUGUUGAUUAUGAUUCACAGCCAACAGUCAGAAAUUUAGGACCUGAGAGUGUUGUAGCGGACCAUGACAGAAACCGGUGUGUUGCUGCAGAUGGUAUGUUCACAUUUGGGAAUGGGUCGAAGGAAAAUGUUUGUUCUGGUCAAAGUUCACCAUUCAUUGAUCCAAACUUGGACGAUUUUGCCUUGUCCAAGUCCAAAAGUGCCAGAUUCGUCUAUGGUGCUGGAUCCUCAUUAAAUUUCAGCAGGAAUUAUACUGCCCCUCAGAAUAAACCAAGCAAUUUGGAUCCCUUUGGAUCUGUAGCUGGUGGGAAGAAAAGUUUUAAACCUCAUUUGACUUCACCGGAGAGAUCAAAACUCAGUGACCUAGAUUUUAGUGCUUUUCAUAUAGGGACAUCUAGAAGUGCAGCAUUUGUUCCGGAGAUAGUUAAUAAUCUAAAAGGACAUGAUCCUGACAAACUAUCAAACAAAACAUCUUCUGUUGUUGAUAAGACACACAUGGAUUCUUAUUCAAGUGGUCUGAGAAAAAGUGAUACCAUGAGCAGUAGCAAAUCACAAAACCCAGGGGUUCCAGCUGUAAAUACUUCUGUACCUACGAAGCUUGAAAGCACUUUCAUUUUUGGGGUCAGUUCAACAAGCAAUUCAGAUUCAAAAGGCAGUGUUCCAGCGAAUCACAUGAGAUCUCUAGGUAAUGUGACCAAUUGCAAAAGUGGUAUUUAUGAUGAACUUCCUUCGCUAUUCAGUAAUAGAGUGCGGAUAAGUUCUAGUUCAAUUGCUUCUAAUAUUCCUUCAUUCACUAGUCUGCAUGAUGACAAGGAGAAGCUGAAUUUGCAAAAUUAUGGUGAUCCUGUUGCUUCUCAUUGGAGCAACCAAACUGAAGAGAAAGUGAAACACAACAUUGCUAAUUCUUUCAUAUUUGGUAAUAAUAAGUCUGCUUCAAUUAGCCUUUGUGACAACAUGGAGAAACUGAAUUUGCAAAAUUCUGGUGACCAUGUUACUUCUCAAAUGAAGAACCAAGCUGAUGACUGUGGGAAGCUUAAUUCUGCUAAUUUAUUUCUUUUUGGUAAUAACAAGGGUGCUCCUAGUUCCUCUGCUGGUAGUCCUGUCAAUGCAUUGGCUGAGAAGAUUGAUACAGUGACUAUUCAGAGUCCUGUGAAUGUGCUGUCGGAGAAGAUUAAUAAAGUGAGUAUUCAGAGUAUGCAAGCAUCACAAUCUAGUGAGGCUCUCUUCAAUUUCAUGAGCAUGCGAGAACAAGUCGGGAUGCCACACAUGGAAUUUAGGAGCUCAAGAACUACUGAUGACAUGUUGAAAGAGAAUUUGUUUUCUGGACCACGGAAAAGCGCGCCAUUUAGUGGAAAGAAGGCAGAAUCUAAGGCUUCCCGAAUGAGAAAAAGAAAUGGUAAACUAAAUAAUCUCAGUCCACAACACCAAACCUUUGCUCAAACAUUUCCCUUUGCUGAAGAAGCUUUUGAAAGUAAAUAUACAGACUCUGCCAAUUGUUACUCACCAAUGGAUUACACUCCUUAUCAAGAAAACCUAGUUGUUGAUGCAAGUUCAAGAGAAGAUUCAUCACCAUUAUAUGAAUUCAACCAUGUUACCGAAUCUGGAACACCAAUUAAUACAGAAAAAUCUGUUAACAUAGAUGAAAGCGAGAAUCUUAUUUCUGCUACACAAUGCUUGAAUAUCACUGAAGAUAAUCUACCACAUGGAGAACCUGGUCAUAUUAAUGCCAGAGAUCAAUUUGACAAAGAUUUUGAUCUCAAUACUUCAGAAAGUUUUGUUUCUAAGCCUGAAAUUAUUGAUUUUUCUUGUGAACAUUGCUUUAAUUCAAUGGAAAAGGAAAAUGAACUUCUCAGUGAAGGAUGUAUUGCAGAAGCUAGUGAUUGUGGGGCAUGCUUUACUUUCACUUCUAGUGUAGAAAGUUUUAGAGGGUCGGAUUUUACUUUUGGUUCUUCAUCUUUUACUCAAGUUCCAUUGUCAACCUCUAAGCAUCAAUAUCGAAGGAAAAACAGGAUGGAAGUUGUUCCUGAGGUGUCAGAUUCCAAUUCAAGUUCCAGUCUCUUGGGUUCCAUGACAAAUACUAUUCCAAUUGACAGCAAGUCUAUGCAAUCAAAUAAUACAAGAGAAACCAAAAAUGUGGGCAAUACGGAAGACAAAACAAACACAAACCUGGAGACCAAGAAAGAUCUUGAAAAUUAUCAUUCUCAAAGAGUUGCAGAACAGGAAGCCUGUGAAAGAUGGAGACUUAGGGGCAAUCAAGCUUAUGCAAACGGUCAUCUGCUCAAAGCUGAGGAGUAUUAUACACAAGGGCUGAACUCUGUGUCUCAUAAAGAACAUUAUGGAAGCUGUAAUCGAGAAUUGAUGUUGUGCUACAGUAAUCGUGCAGCUGCAAGGAUGUCCCUUGGAAGGAUGAGAGAAGCUCUUGAUGACUGUAUGCAAGCUGUUGCAAUAGAUUCCCACUUCCUGCGGGCUCAAGUAAGGAUUGGAAAUUGCUAUCUCGCAUUGGGAGAAGUUGAUAGAGCUAUGAUACAUUUUAAAGAAUGCUUAUCUUCAAUGCCUAAGGGAAACCAGGAUGCAAAAAUAUUGACCGAAGCUUCUGAUGGACUUGAGAAAGCUCAGCAUGUGGCCGAUCAUGUGGGUCACGCUGAGGAGCUUUUACAUAAAAAGAAAUUUGAUGAAGUGACAAAGGCCUUACAACUGAUCUCGGAGUCACUACUAAUAAGUACACAUUCAGAAAGAUUGAUGGAAUGGAAAGCUGAGGCUCUCCUUAUGAUUCGAAGGUAUGAAGAAGUUAUCAAAUUCUGUGAGCAAACUAUGGAACAUGCUGAAUAUAAUGUGUUGACAUCUGGAACCAAUGGGCAGUCAAGCAAAGUAGAAAAACCUGAAAAUUUACAAGAUUUUCCUCUAGGGCUUUGGCGUUUGCACUUGAUGGCAAAGGCUAACUUCUUUUUGGGAAGACUUGAUGAAGCAUUUGAAUUACUAAAGAAGCACAAUCAAAGGAAAAGUAUAACUGACACGAAUAGCAAUGAGCCAGACUCUUCAACUCAGCUUUUUGCUACCAUUCAUGAUCUUUUACACCUUAAAGCUGCUGGAAAUGAAGCAUUUAAAGAAGGGAGGCAUUUGGAUGCAAUAAAACAUUACAGUGCUGCUUUAGCAUUGAAUAUUGAAUCACGCCCAUUUACUGCAAUAUGCCUGUCUAACCGUGCUGCUUCAUACCAAUCCCUAGGCCAAAUUACUGAUGCAAUUGCAGAUUGCAGUCUAGCCAUAGCUCUUGAUCCUACCUACCCAAAGGCACUUUCUAGAAGGGCUUCCUUAUAUGAGAUGAUCAAAGACUACGAACAAGCAUCUAAUGAUCUCCACAGACUUGUGUCUCUUUUGCAAAGGCAAAUCAAAAUCAAGGAUAAUCAAAAUGUUUGUGCAGAGAACUCGGACAGUAACCUUAGUGAUCUACAUCACACCCGAUUGCGACUUUCUAUUGCAGAGGAAGCGGCUAGGAAAGAUAUCCCUUUGGAUAUGCACCGUAUAUUGGGAAUUGAACCAUCAAGCUCUGCUGCUGAUAUAAAGAAGGCAUACCGGAAAGCUGCACUCCGACAUCACCCUGACAAGGCUGGUCAGAUCUUGGUUAGGAGUGAAACCUCUGAACGGGUUUGGAAAGAGGUAGCUGAGGAAGUCCACAUGGAUGCAGACAGAUUGUUCAAGUUGAUAGGAGAGGCAUACACAGUGCUUUCUGACGCCACACGGUAUAAAUUUAAUAAAAUUUAAGAGAAAAUAAUUAUGCCUCAUCUCCCUCCUCCGGAGUUUGCACUCACUAAACCAUGCUGAGAUACAAAGGCGCUAAAAGUGAGAAAGAAGUUGAGAUGCGGCUUUCCUACCCGCAAGGAGCCAAAAACAAGAGGAAACUUUGAGGUGCGAGCCCAUUUCUAUUGACAUGCUGAAGAAGAAUGUUUAUACUUGGUAAACUGAAAACAGAGGACAGUUCAUGUAUGCUUUGGGCAGAUGCAUGGGUGACUGCGUCUGCAUGCUUCUGUGUGUUGUAUACAUGUAGAGAGGAUUUGUAUUUGUAUUUGUAUUUUGUUUGUGAAUAUUUUUUUAAUUUAAUUAACUUGAUUUAUGUAUAAUCUACGAUGAUCUUUGACAGUUAAUUCAACACUCGAGCGUUUACGAUAAA